GGGAAGAGUUUUAACCAUUUAUUUAACCUGAAAAGACACGAGAGAAUUCACACAAGGGAGAAGCCUUACCACUGCUCCCAGUGUGGAAAGUGUUUCAACCUGCCAUGGGAGCUGAAACGGCAUGAGAAUUCACACAGGGGAGAAGCCUUACCACUGCUCCCAGUGUGGCAAGUGUUUCAACCAGUUAGGGAACCUGAAACAGCAUGAGAUAAUACACACGGAGAAGCCUUACCACUGCUCCCAGUGUGGAAAGUGUUUCAACCAGUUAGGGAACCUGAAACGGCACGAGAGAAUACACACGGAGAAGCCUUACCACUGCUCCCAGUGUGGAAAGUGUUUCAACCAGUCAGUGAAGCUGAAACGGCAUGAGAGAAUUCACACGGGAGAAGCCUUACCACUGCCCCCAGUGUGGCAAGUGGUUUAACCAGUUAGGGAACCUGAAACAGCAUGAGAGAAUACACACGAAGAAGCCUUAUCACUGCUCUCAGUGUGGCAAGUGUUU